UGCGCCUCAGAGCCGGAGAAGCUCCUCCGCUCAUGUUCGAGCUCAGAGUCACAGUGAGAGGACCAUGCGGCUGUUCGGCGUCUCCACUCUGCUCCUCUUCUUCUCCAGCUCAGGGCUGGCUCUGCAGAUUCAGUGUUACCAGUGUGAGGAGAUGACGCACGACUGCUCCACACCAGAGUUCAUCGUUAACUGCACCGUGAACGUGCAGGACAUGUGCCAGAAGGAGGUUCUGGUGAAGGAUGACGGGAUACACUACCGUAAGUCCUGUGCUUCUUCAGGAGCCUGUCUCAUCGCCUCCUCCGGCUACCAACAGUUCUGCACCGGAAAGCUCAACUCAGUGUGCAUCACCUGCUGCAACACACCGCUGUGUAACGGACCACGCCAGAAGAAACGACCACAGCAGUCUGCAGCCAUCGUCCUGAGCACAUCAUGGCUGCAUGUGUCGAUCCUCCUCCUGUCCUCCGUCCUGUGCUGACAGGCCUUAAAACACCAACAUUAAAAUGUAAACAUGAUGAAGAACUUCAUUAACUGAGACACUGAAGACUUUGACAAUAUAUUCUUCAACAUGUGUGGAAACUUUGUACAGCAGUUGUUCAUUUGACUCCCUGGAUUUGUGUCACAGCUUGCCUCCAAAGCUCACAAGGAAACUAAUGUUAUCUUCACAUCACUGGGAACUUUCAUCAUCAUGUCUCAUUUCACAAACCUAACUGCUGUGGAGCUGCAAGAGCAGCAGAGAAGGGUGAUGUGGAGGACAGCAGCAUAGAUGAAACAGCUUCUGGCUAUUUUGUAGGACAGCAGGUGGCUCAGUCUCAUCUGUCUUUGUUUACUCACAAAAAAAGACAAAGAAGAUGGUCUAUAAAAUACACUGAACUGGAGAUUUUUCUGUUAUUAAUUAUGGAAAAUCCAACAGAAGAUGUUUGACAGUGAUGCUGUAAGAUAAAUGUGGAAAGUAAAGUGUGGUUAAAAAAAAAAAAAAAAAAAAAGAUAUCUGAUUAAGAACCAAACUGUUUUUACUCUUAAACCCUCAUACGCUGCAGUGAAGUGAAGCCUCUUCUCUUGUUUAUUAUUCAGACGUGGCAUUAAAGAGUGCAAAUGUCUUCUUAAUGUCGUAGUUUGGGGUGAUAGGCAUUUUUUGAGUCUUUUACCAAUUCAUGGCUUUCACAAGAUGUCAUAUGCAGAACU